CGACCCAUGCUCGGCGGAAAUUAAAGCAGCUGCUAGCGAAAGCACGCGCAUCGUCCGCCGCAAACGUGACAACCUUGGGCCGAUUCUAGGUAGCGUGAACUGCUGCGCUAAAACAUUUUUUUCCCUAUCUCCAUCCGCUGAGAGAUACUGCUUGUGUCGCGCUGAGAAUAGUUGCCGCUGUUCAUCGCACACAAUGCGAGCCGAAGCUGGGGCCUGCAACCUUGCCAAGCUACUCUGCUGACUGCGUUUUCUGCAGGCCUUCUGCAUCAUGUAGGACUUGGACGCACUAGAUUUCGGCACAUCAAUGUGCGUCGUUGUUAUCACGUCGCUGCUAGCGGCACUUUUGGCGACAUUGCUGCGCCAUUCAGCCAAGGACCGCUCCCACAGGACACCGCCAGGUCCUGUCUACUGGCCUGUGCUUGGAAAAUUGAACUUCUCGUCUCCCAGCAUUUCCUUAAAGCAGUCCGUUCAGUGGUCGAAAAAAUACGGCCCCAUUGUCGGCCUGAAACAAGGUUCUGUGGAUGUCGUGAUCCUGAACGACAACGAACAAAUCAAGGACAUUUUGUCCAGACCGGAGGUUCAGGACCGCCCCACCACAUGGGGCCUCAGCUCUGCCCAAAAAGGUUUUUCGACCUUCAGUGGGCAGCAAUGGAAAGAAAACAGGGACUUUUCUAUGCGAGCAUUGGCGAAGCUUGGACUCGGGAGCGAGGUCAUGCGCCAGCACAUACAGUUCGAAGCCAGGCACCUAGCGGACACUUUGGCAUCGCAUCAUGGCCAUCCCGUGUCGAGCUUCGUGUACGGGCACAGGAGCCACAUUAACUCCAUGUGCCGCUUUCUCCUGGGUUACCGCUACGACUUGGACGAUCCGCGCUUCGCUUCGCUGCAGGAGGCUCUCUCAGGUUUCCGGCUGCAGACAGCAGCUGCACCCAUCGAACACCGCGCAGCUUGGCUGCGACGUGUGCUGAUCGAGCCUCUCUGGCCUGCCUCUGUCAGCGCAAAGCGUCGCCACAAUAUAUCGACAAUCAACUCCGUGGUCAGGGAAUUAGUGCAGACGAAUGAGGACACAAAGAAUAGCGGGCGUGCGAAGAGCUACAUCGACCUUUACUUGGAGAAGAUCCGCGAAGCAGAAACACACAAGAACCAGUACUUCACAGUAGACAACCUUGUGGGAAACAUGGUUGACAUCCUCAUGGGAGCGGCCACCAGCGGCAACUUUUAUCUUCAUUGGCACCUGCUCAACUUAGCCAGCCAUGCGGAUACACUACAGGCUGAGCUGCAACGAGAGAUUGACAGUGUGGUUGGUAGCGAUCGCUUACCAAGUUGGGAAGACCAUACAUCGAUGCCCCUAACCAUGGCCACUAUCUGGGAGAUGUUCCGCUGGAAACUUGCCACACCGUUCAACAUACCACGCGCAGUGGGAGCAGACACGAAGAUGGGAGACUACGACGUUAGAAAAGGCACUGUGGUAUUUCCAAACUUGAUGACAGCACACAGAGACCACAAAUUAUGGAAGAAUCCAGAUGAGUUUGACCCUACCCGAUUCUUGAAUCCAGACGGCACAGCUACGACAAAGAGACCUGACGGUUUGCUUUCUUUUGCCGUAGGGAGAAGAGUAUGUCCCGGAGAAAACAUGGCAAUGGUUGAGAUUUUCCUGUACCUGACCACCCUGCUGCAUCAGUUCCGCAUCCUUCACGAAAACGAAAAGCCAGUCAUCAUUACGCCCUUCGGUCCGUCUCCAGAACUGAGGGAGACGAAGCUACGCUUUCUUCAACGUAACCACUAGUGAUAACUACAGGAUAGUAAAGGCACAACUACAGUUUUGUAUACGACAUGUAUGUGCAGGAAUGUUGAGAGCAUUUCAUUCGUUACGUAAGUGAUUUCGGCAAUUUUUAUGGAUGACAUGAUGUUUCCUUCAACAGAGAACUAAUAAAGAUAAAGCCAUGAGUC